AUGGUGACGACUCGAUCAAGCAGCUCUACGAAGACCAAUGGCACCCCGCAAGCCAACGGAAAGUCCAAUGGCAAAGCCAAUGGAUUCUCGCUUUCCGAUAGUCAACACAAGAAACGUCCCAGUGACGAUACCUUCGAAACAGCAUCGAAACGUCCAAAACUCGAAGAAAGUACCGAUUUAACACGAUGGCGCAUGUUGGAUGAGAAUGGAAGACACACCUGGAGAUAUCUGGAAGAUGAAGAAGCUGUACAAAAGUGGCCACAGAGUUAUGCCGAUAAAUGGUUCCUUGGACUAGAGACCGGCCUUCCUAGCCUACCGAAACCUACGAGCCCCCUCGAUUCUGUCGUCAACGGAUUAUCAUUUUUUGAGAAGCUCCAAUUACCUUCGGGUCAAUGGGGAUGCGAGUACGGCGGUCCCAUGUUCCUUUUACCUGGCAUUGUGAUCACCUGGUAUGCGACGAAGACGCCGAUUCCUUGGUACGUCGCUACAGAGAUCAAAAAUUAUCUAUUUGCAAGAGCACAUCCGGAAGAUGGAGGCUGGGGUUUGCAUAUAGAAGGUGAGAGUACCGUCUUCGGUAUCUCAUUGAACUAUGCUGUUCUUCGUAUUGUCGGCGUGGAUCCCGAACACCCGGUGAUGGUCAAGGCUAGGGGAACGCUGCAUAAGCUUGGGGGAGCUACGUUUGCUCCUCAUUGGGCUAAGUUUUGGCUGAGCGUACUGGGCGUUUGCAAAUGGGAUAUCGUCAAUCCCAUCCCGGCUGAGCUAUGGCUUCUCCCUGACUGGGUCCCGUUUGCUCCUUGGAGAUGGUGGAUUCACAUGCGUCAAGUCUUCCUACCUAUGGGCUACAUCUACGAGAAGAAAUGGUCUUGCGAAGAGACGGAUAUUAUUCGGGGCCUGAGACAAGAACUAUUCGUCGAGCCGUGGGAGAGGAUCGACUGGGCUGGCAAUCGUAAUAGCAUCUGUCCCGUCGACAAUUACCACCCAAAAACGUGGCUUCUUAAUACCGCCAACUGGUUCCUCGUCAACAUCUGGAACCCUUACCUUCGUACCAAGGGGCUAGCUAAAAAGGCCGAGGAUUGGGUCAGUAAGCUCGUUGAUAUGGAAGAUGAGAAUACAGAUUUCGCAGAUCUGGCACCAGUAAAUGCAGCCAUGAAUACCGUCGUCUGCUAUAUACGCGAUGGUCCUGGCUCGUAUUCGGUUCGGAGGCAUCUGGAGAGACUUCAAGAUGGGUUGUGGGUCAAAAGUGAAGGCAUGCUUUGCAACGGUACAAAUGGUGUACAAUGCUGGGAUACAUCAUUCUUGAUCCAAGUUGCGACUGACUCGAAGCUCGAGCAGGAUCCUCGAUGGAGACCAAUGUUAACAAAAGCGUUGAAAUUCCUCGAUGACCAGCAGAUACGUGAGAAUUGCAAAGACCAAGGAAUUUGCUACCGGCAGCAACGAAAAGGCGCUUGGGCUUUCAGUACCAGAGACCAAGGAUAUGCCGUGUGCGAUUGCGUUUCCGAGGCCCUAAAAUCAGUCAUCCUUCUACAGAAAACCCCAGGAUAUCCUCAGCUCCUCGAAGACCAGCGGAUAUUUGACGCCAUCGACACUCUAUUGACCUACCAGAACAAGUCCGGCGCUUGCUCGUCAUACGAACCGACUCGGGGAAGCGAGCUAAUGGAGAUGUUGAACGCGGCAGAAGUAUUUGGCAAGAUCAUGGUCGAAUAUGAUUACGUGGAGUGUACAACAGCAGUGGUUACUGCGCUCUCGCUGUUCCAGAAACAUUGGCCUGACUACAGGCCUCAAGAAAUCAAGGAUUUCAUUGCCCGAUCCGUAAAAGCGGUGAAGUCAUUCCAAAGACCCGACGGAUCGUGGUAUGGCAAUUGGGCCAUAUGUUAUACUUAUGCUACUAUGUUUGCGCUGGAGAGCUUGAGGAGCAUUGGUGAGACCUACGGCAAUAGCCCAUAUUCGAAGAAAGGUUGCGAAUUUUUGAUUUCCAAGCAAAGAGAAGAUGGGGGGUGGUCGGAAAGUUAUCGAUCCUGCGAAAAGAUGCUGUACACCGAACACUCGACGGGAUCACAAGUUGUCAUGACGGCUUGGGCUCUGAUAGCCCUAAUGAAAGCCGAUUACCCCGAUAUCGAACCGAUAAAGAAGGGUAUCAAGCUCAUCAUGGACAGACAACAACCAAAUGGUGAAUGGAAACAGGAAGCAAUCGAAGGAGUGUUCAACAAAAGCUGCAUGAUCUCAUACCCGAAUUACAAAUUUACCUUCACCAUGAAGGCCCUUGGGAUGUUUGCGACGAAAUAUCCUAACGAGACAGUUGUUUAA